CCACGGGCAUGCAUCCUGAUCCAUGCAUCCUGAUACUGGCCGAUAGUGCUAACACACAGACAGUCGAUAUCAUACACAUAGCCCGCACCCCUGCCCUGCUGCCCCCUAGGCGGACGGACAGCACUAAGACGUGCUCUACUGUACCCGGGCUGUUUGGAAGAGCGAGCGGCGGCGGCGUUCGCGCAUGGACUCGGCCCUCUGGUGGGUUCUGCGCCGGCCGCAAAACGAAAAUGCAGCCAUGGCAAGCCCCCCCUCCCCUGGCGGCUGUCUGCCCGGACUCUGCUGCGAGCUGUGCGCACCCUCGCCUGUCUCGGUCAGCCUUCUUAGCCUGCGCGGCGGCCUGUCUGGUCUGCUGGAGCGAGGGCCCUGCCACUUUGCCUGCAGAGAAUCCUGCGCUGCAGCCAACCCGCCCGGCAUCAAAGACGAGAACGUCCCGCCCGUCCUUGUUUCUCCUUCUCCACAUUACAUUGCAUUGCCCUGCUGCUUGAUCUGUCCGUCUGUCUGCUCGACUGACUGUCUG